UCCUGGAGGGCGACUCCAUGGAUCAGGAUGUUGAGAGCCCUGUGGCCAUUCACCAGCCAAAGUUGCCUAAGCAGGCCAGGGACGACCUGCCAAGACACAUCAGCCGAGACCGGACCAAAAGGAAAAUCCAGAGGUACGUGCGGAAAGAUGGGAAGUGCAACGUCCAUCAUGGCAACGUGAGGGAGACCUACCGAUACCUGACUGAUAUCUUCACCACCUUAGUAGACCUCAAGUGGAGAUUCAACUUGUUGAUAUUCGUCAUGGUUUACACAGUGACGUGGCUCUUUUUUGGGAUGAUCUGGUGGCUAAUCGCAUACAUCCGAGGAGACAUGGACCACAUAGAGGACCCCUCAUGGACUCCCUGCGUCACCAACCUCAAUGGGUUCGUCUCUGCUUUUUUAUUCUCAAUAGAGACAGAAACCACCAUUGGUUAUGGCUACCGGGUCAUCACGGACAAGUGCCCAGAGGGAAUUAUUCUCCUCUUAAUCCAGUCUGUGUUGGGGUCCAUUGUCAACGCAUUCAUGGUAGGAUGCAUGUUUGUAAAAAUAUCGCAACCCAAGAAGAGGGCAGAGACCCUGGUUUUUUCUACCCACGCAGUGAUCUCCAUGCGAGAUGGGAAACUGUGCCUGAUGUUCCGAGUAGGGGAUCUUAGGAAUUCCCACAUUGUGGAAGCUUCCAUAAGAGCCAAGUUGAUCAAAUCCAAACAGACUUCGGAGGGGGAGUUCAUCCCCUUGAACCAGACAGAUAUCAAUGUAGGCUAUUACACCGGGGAUGACCGUCUGUUUCUGGUGUCACCACUCAUCAUCAGCCACGAAAUUAACCAACAGAGUCCUUUCUGGGAGAUCUCCAAAGCCCAGCUGCCCAAAGAGGAACUGGAAAUUGUGGUCAUCCUAGAAGGAAUGGUGGAAGCUACAGGUAAGGCAUGCUCCAUCCUGGGAUAUCUGUGGGAUCAAUGCUCAUUUUAA